AUGGUGAAGAUAGUGACGGACGGGGAAUACGUGCCGUGGUACAGUAGGAGGGCUCCGCCCGUCUUUUGCUUCCCAUGUCUACCGGCGUAUAUGGGAAUUUGGCCAGCGAGAAAAUGCGUGCUCAUCAUCGGUGCUCUUCUCUUCUUCUUCGGUGUCAUCAUUCUCCUCGCUAUGCUUCUCACCUGUAUUGCCAUUGAAUGUGCUGGAGUCGCCUCCGCCCUAAUCCCACUUGCCCUUAUCCUCAUUAUCGUUGGAAUUCUACUCUUCCAUUGUGGAUAUGCCGCUCACCUUCUUGAUAAUCAUGGAGAGAUUCCAAUCAAAAAGACAACGACUACUACAACGACUACUGUGAUGGACCCGGAAUCUCAUGAAGAUGAGAUCAGAUUGUUUGAGAAUGUGCACAGAGAGCAGGUUCCAAAUGUGAGACAAGGAUACUGGCAAUUCGAUGAGAACCUCUCAUGGCAAGCUGCUUCCAACCCAUACCCAAUUCAACACACUCUCAAGAAUUGUCUCGAACGUCAACCAUACUGA